CUAUUCACACACUGUCCCAUCAUGUAAAGAAAGGCUUCCAAUUCCAAAGCCAAACUAUAAGUCACCAUCGUCUCUCUGAAUUCAAUUCUCUUCUAAGUUGUCACCAACCGCUCAAACCUCUCUCUGAUUUUGGACUGUUGGAUCCAUAAACCCAAGAUGAGUAUGAAACUAACCCCAACAUCUCCCGCCGGAAAAUGGGUGGGAUUCGUGACCGCCGUCUGGGUCCAAGCCAUCUCGGGCAACAACUACACCUUCUCCAACUACUCGGACGCAAUCAAGUCCCUCAUGGUUCUCACUCAACUCCAACUCAACAACCUCUCCGUCGCCAAAGACGUUGGCAAAGCCUUCGGCAUCUUCGCCGGCCUCGCCUCCGACCGCCUCCCCACUCCGGUCAUUCUCCUCAUCGGUUCAAUUGAAGGAUUCAUUGGCUAUGGCGUCCAAUGGCUUGUUGUUAGCCAGAAAAUCAAACCACUCCCUUAUUGGCAGAUGUGUAUAUUUCUGUGCAUGGGAGGUAACAGUACGACAUGGAUGAACACCGCGGUGCUCGUAACCUGCAUUCGAAACUUCCGGAAGAACAGAGGACCAGUUUCUGGAAUUCUCAAAGGCUAUGUCGGUUUAAGCACCGCCAUAUUCACUGAUCUCUGUACGGCCCUGUUCUCCGACGAUCCUUCAACUUUUCUCCUCAUGCUCGCAAUCGUCCCCUUCCUAGUCUGCCUCGCCGCCAUUCUCUUCCUCCGCGAAAUCCCUCCCUCUUCCACCUCCGCCGAAGAAAACGAAGAAAUUCGCUACUUUGGAAUCUUCAACGCCGUCGCCGUCGCCGUCGCAGUCUACCUUUUGCUCUUCGACGUCACCGGAACUCACGGCGGCGCUGUUUCGCAAACUUUCGCCGCCGGACUUCUCAUCCUCUUGGCUUCGCCAUUGUCGGUCCCAAUCUACCUUGCUCUACAGAGUUUAAUUCGAUCUGACUCUAUAUCUAGUUCAGACAUCGAGCAUACAACAAAACCUUUAUUGGAAGAAGAAGAAGAAGAAGAAGAAGAGAGGGAGGUGGUGAUGGUGGAGACGGCGGCGAAAGCGGCGGAGGCGGAGGAGGAGAGUCGGCGGCCGGUGAUCGGAGAAGAUCACACGGUUUGGGAGGCGUUUGGGACGGUUGAUUUCUGGAUCUUGUUCGGGUCGUUUCUAUGCGGAGUGGGGACGGGUCUGGCGGUGAUGAACAAUCUGGGCCAAAUGGGUCUGGCUCUCGGGUACGUGGAUGUAUCCAUUUUUGUGUCGCUUACGAGUAUUUGGGGCUUCUUUGGGCGCAUCGUUUCGGGUUCGGUUUCCGAGUAUUUCAUCAAGAAAGCUGGAACACCAAGGCCUCUCUGGAAUGCAGCAUCUCAAAUCCUCAUGGCUGUUGGGUACAUUGUAAUGGCCAUAGCUUUGCCCGGUUCGCUAUACAUCGGUUCAAUAGUGGUCGGGAUAUGCUACGGAGUUCGUCUUGCUGUCACGGUUCCCACAGCCUCUGAAUUAUUCGGCCUCAAAUAUUAUGGCCUCAUCUACAACAUCCUAAUCCUCAACCUCCCACUCGGUUCGUUCCUCUUUUCUGGCCUACUUGCCGGAUUCUUAUAUGAUGCACAGGCUACAAGCACGGCCGGAGGCGGCAACACAUGUAUAGGUUCCCACUGUUACAGGCUUGUGUUUGUGGUCAUGGCUAUUGCAUGCAUUGUCGGGUUUGGUUUAGAUGUCUGGUUGGCGGUCAGGACAAAGAACAUCUAUGCCAAGAUUUAUGCGAGCAAGAAGUUGAAGAAAUCGAUGGUGGUAUCAAAUGGGCGCUGACUGAAUGCUGAAAAUGACAGUACAAGGGGAAGAGAUGUAUAGGAUUAGUGGGUAACAACCCAAUGAUAAUCGGGCUGAGCAUUUAAUAUUGGAUCACUUAAUUUUGGUUUUUUAUAAACAAGAAUCGAUCCUACCCGCUAACCUUACAUAUAGGAUGAAAUAAGACAUCACGACUCGAAACUAGGACUGACUUAAUUGAAUCUGGACUGACUGUUUGAGCACUAUUGGAUGUCUCUUAGAAAAGAAGAAUUGUUGUAUUGCUAAAGUUUUCCACAUGUUGGUGACAGUAAGAUUUGUAUGGACUGGCUUUUCAUAAUUCUAGAUGCUCCAAUUGUAACAGCUUCGUAUGCUUUUUUCUUUUUU